AUGUCUUCUCUACCGAGCUCGAGUGUCGAUCCGACGACGAGUAAAAACGAACCGGGGGAAAAUGGGGAAGACGAUGAGCAAAGCGGAGUGAAUGAGAUUUCAUCAUCAGCAAUCAACGAGGAAAAAGAUGGAGAGACGGAUCGCCAGAAACGACGUAUCAAGAUCGCCGUUGCCGGAUGUGUGCACGGAGAGAUUGAGACGGUCUACAGAACGAUUGCAUCGAUCGAGAAGAGGGACUCAAUCAAAGUCGAUUUGGUGAUUUGCUGCGGAGAUUUUCAGUCGGUGCGCAAUUUUGGCGAUCUUCAUCACAUGCACGUUAACCAGAAGUUUCGUCGGAUUCAAUCGUUCUACAAAUAUUAUUCAGGCGAAGGAGUGGCACCAAUCUUGACGAUAUUUGUCGGCGGAAAUCACGAGGCCUCUGGAUUUCUUCUGGAGUUGCCAAACGGAGGAUGGGUUGCACCGAACAUCUACUACAUGGGCUUCGCAAAUGUGCUCGACUUUGGAGGGCUGAGAAUCGCCGGACUUUCGGGAAUUUUCAAACCGAUGGAUUACUUCAAGGGACGCUACGAGCGACCCCCGUUCUCAAAUGGGUCAGAAAUCUCGGCCUACCACGUUCGAGCACUCGAAGUCUUCCGGUUACGACAAUUACGCGAAAAGGAUGGAGAACAGGAAAAGAAUUGUGUGGAUAUCGUGGUUUCACACGAUUGGCCGGCCGGCAUCACCGAAUAUGGAGACGUUCAACAGCUACUCAAGUUCAAGCCGUAUUUUCAAGAGGACAUUCAGCAAUGCAAGUUGGGCAACUCGUCGACGAUGCAACUCUUGCAAGAGCUACGACCACGCUAUUGGUUUGCUGCACAUCUGCACUGCGGCUUUCCGGCAUUGGUACCACACGAGACGGAAAAUGGAGAACAAUUGGAACCGACAAGAUUCUUGGCUCUGGACAAACCGAUCCCUGGACGUCACUUCUUGCAAAUUUUGGACUUUGAUGUGAAUGAAGAUGCCGAAUUGAAGCUCAACUACGAUCCGACUUGGUUGGCGAUUCUGAAGAGCACGGACCAUUUGACGGAAAUAACUUCACAAAAAGUCUACCUACCAUCAAAACAAAGCAAAGAACGAUGGGAUUUCCGGCCAGUUGACGAGGAAUUGGAGAAUGCGCACAAAUUGGGUGAUCUCGUUGUACCAAAGGAUUUUUAUCACACAGCUCCACCGCUCAAAGAGAUUACAAAGGUGAGGCAAAACGAUCCGUCGAGUUUGUACUACAAGAAUCCGCAAAGUGAGCGCUUUUGUCAAUGGGUGGGGAUUCGAAACUUGAAUGCGAUGCUCGCGGAGACGACCAAAGAAAUUGGGACUCCAUUUUAUAUCUCGGAUGUGAGUGCGGAGAAAGGAGUGAUCGAUGAGAAUUCGCAAGAUGAAAAAGAAUUUGGAGAGCUGGGGUUCGUCAUCGAUGGAGCGGCUGGGAGAAAUGAGGCAAUGGAUGCAUCAGUUGGUACAGAAAUGGUUGCCUCGUCGAAUGAAUGGACGGCGCCCGUUGCAUCAGUCGAUGAUUUGGACUCGUUACUAGCCGGUUUUGAGGCUCCUCCAAUUGGUGGUGGUCCGCCCGAUGCGAAACGACCGAAGAGU